GGGAGAUGCAAAGAGAGUCUUAAAGGAUCAGUCUUCUCUCCAAAAGAGACAGGCAGCAUCCUCUCACUGGUGUGCUAUGGAUCAAUGAAUGCAUCUUGAGCCUUGGAAUUUCUAAUUGGAAAGGGCUUUCAGAAAUCAUUUUCUCCACCUGAGUGAAUCUCUUUUGUUCUCUUUAACAUUCAGGAAUAGGAUGGAGAUGGAGGAUACUGGAGCUCUCUCUCAGGCUUGGGAAGGAACUGCCACAGGGGUCUGAAACUGGCCUUUCAUUGGUGGGGGCGUCACCUGAAGGUUAUUAUGGUGAAAGAGUUAAGAAGAUCUGAGUUCAAAACUGGCCCGAGACCCUCGCUAGUUGUGUAGUCCUGGACUUUUCACUAAUUCAACCUGGCAGGUGCCCUCGUUCCAAUUAGUACGGCUUCAGUGCAGUUGUCUGUGUUUUGCCCAUGAGAAUAUUUUGGGGGACAGAGACUUCAUCUGACAUUUCAGUGGCCCGAAUUUUCAGUGAAAUUCUAAUACUUGACCAACUCCAUACUUGGCGGCUCCCAGGACCUGUGAUUUAUCUCCUCAAGGUCUGAUGUAGAGACGCUAAGGAUGCUUCGCUCUUGGACUCAUGGGCCAUGUGGGAGAUGCUCGGAGGGAGGGCCGGCACGGCAGCUCACCGAGAACCAGGGAGACCUCCCUCUCGGCAGCAGCCGGUGCCUCCCUUCAUCCCCGCUCGGUCCAGCUUGCCCACUCGCUUCCGGGCCUUUCGCAACCACGAAUGGGAGGUAGUAGAGCGCUCCCUCAGCGUCCUGCAAACCCGUGACUUCUACUGGGGGCCUCUGUCAGUGCGUGAGGCCCACGCCCGGCUAGAAAUGGAGCCCGUGGGCACCUAUCUGCUGCGGGACAGUGCCCAGGAGGACUGCCUGUUCAGCUUGAGUGUCAGGAUUCCAUCGGGCCCCAUCAGCCUGCGGAUCACCUUCCACAAGGGCUACUUCUGGCUGAAACACUUGUGUUCGGACUGUGUGGUGAAGCUGCUUGAGAUGGCGGAGGAGGCGACUCGGACCAGCUCCCUUUAUUGUAAGGAGGGCUUGCCACUGGUCUUCUCCACCCCGUUAAGAAGGAGCCAAAGCUUGCCCCAGCAGCAGGACUUGCUCCAACAAAGCCCGCAUGCUUGGGGGGCAGCUGGACUCAGGGCAGAACACAGAGCAAAGGCCGCGGAGCAGGAGGACAUCAUAGACCCCCCUCAGCCUUGGCAGGAAGGGGGUCGGAUGCCCCCAAGGAUUCCCCUCCCUCUCCACCACCACCCAAAGUAGGCUCUGAGCCAACUUCCAUGUAGUUGUGCCUGGGGAUCGAGCCUCUGUGCUCCACUGUGCAGAUGGACUAGCUCCUCUGGGAAGACCUGUUUUAAUGGCAGGGGAUGGAUGGAAAGAGACUCAUGCUUACUCUUGAAUUAACUCUUCCCAUGGGAUGGGAAGGGGACCGUUGUCCCAUCCUUGCUCACCCACCGAUCCCCUUUAGUCCUUCCAGCUUUACAGGAGUCCUAUAUUAGAGCCAGACUUGAGCUCAUUCUAGCACAGUCUUUAAGAGGAGAGGGAGGGGAGAUGUAAUGGGACCCUUUCUUAAGUGGGUUUCGUUCUCCCUGCUAAAGGCCGCCUCCAAUGUACCUCCUCAUUCCUAAUGGAGAUGCUUUUCUCCAUCCCAGUAACAAGCCCAGGUUUGGCCAGACCCCAGUGGAGGAUUUCUAAUAAUCCUGAGGGAUGGGUUGAGACCCAUGGCCUUCUCCUUGACCCUCUCUCCUUGCUUCUCUAACCAAGGCUAAUGAACUCCGAGAGUCAGGGUCACAAAGAGGUUUUUGGCUUGUGAGCCAGAUUAAUAGAUAAGAGAAAGGGAAAAAAGAUGGAGAUGUUCAAAAGAUGGAGAUAAAUUUCCUUUCUAUCCAUAAUAACACACAAAGCAUUAAUCUAGCAUCUUGUACUUUUAUAGUGCUCAGAUGCCACUUGGGACAACUCACAACCCUGCAGGGUAAGAGUGGAUUUUCAUCCCGAUAUUAAAAAUAAGGAGAUAGGCCAGAGGAAUUAAGCAACCCUUGUGGAGCUCUAUGCCUGCCUAGUGGGACAGGGCCUAGAGGGCGGAGCUUCUGAGUGAACAUCCAGGACUUUGCCAGUUACCUUGUACGGCCACCAUGUUGCUUUCCCAAUUUAUUAUGGCCCCAGACUCUUGUUCUUAUGCAGGGAGGAGCAGAAAUUCUGUCAGAGUAUGAGCUAGGGGAGGGUAAGAGGCUGAAUGACCCUCUCCCCAUCAGGAAUUUCUGCUCGGGCAGAUGUUGAGUCUGUUAGCCUUUGAGGGAUGGCGUGGACCAGUGGAAGAGAAAAAAACAAAAAACGAGAGGGGCUCUGUGGGUUUCCAUAAAUGAAAUGCAUCAAAUGAAUAGUUCCAGGCCAGGAAACUCCAGAGUUGUAGAAUCCUUUGGCUGAAAGGAUCUGAAAUGGUAUCUAGUCCAAUGCCCCAUGUUAUAGACAGAUGGGAAAAGAAAUCAGGAAAUGAAGGGACUUCACAUACCUGGUUAGUUGUAGAACCCAAGGCUGCUGGUUCCCAGUUCAUGGCCCUUUUCAAUUAAAUAGCAUUGUCCUUUUUUAUUGUUUUUAAUUUUUUUAUUGGUAAUACAUGUACAUUAUUUUAAAAAAACACAUUUCCUUA